CACGUUUUAGAUGCUUCUAAAAUGAAUUGUGGGUUAAAAUCAAUAGCCUUGGGUAGUAUUAUAUGCAGAUUAAGCUUAUAAGGAAUAUCUUGAUGAGAAGUUUUGAAGUGUGAACAGUGAUAUCGGCUGAAAGAAAGGUUGUCAAUGCGUUUUAAAAAUCCAUUUUUUUAGUCUGUGGUUUUAUUUCUAUUUUUAAGAAUAUCGAUAGCGCGAAUACUUUCUACAAAAAAAUAUUUAUGUUAGUAUUGGGUACAUCAAUAAUUCAUUUUUACGUCCUAUUACUCCCUUUUCAACGUCCAAUUGAGUUAUAUGUGGUGAAUUAAUUACAAACAAAGUUAUUGUGAAAUGGCGGAUGCUGUUCCCGUUCGUGAUGUCUUGUGCGAAGCAAUGGAAUAUUUGUCGAAACUUGGAUCCAAUUUAAGAGUCCGUUCAGAAAAUCUAAAAGAGAAAAGAUUAAGGAAAGAAAAACUUAAGAAUGUACAUGCAGUGCAAAAAGCCGCAAGUAAAGUCUUAUUGAUUUGUGAAUUGUCAAAAAAGUCUAUUGAGAAUGUCGAGACCGGUGUCAAGAAAAUAUUGACUCAAAUUGAUGCAUCGCAAGCUCAAAUAGAUUGUGGCGGGAAAAAUAUUGAAAAAACAAUACCUUCAAAAAGUUGCGUUACUUAUGAACAUUUUGAAUACGAAUCUCAUAAAUUAAAAAUACGCGAUAAAGUUAAUGUUCAACAUUUCACAUCAGUUAAAGUAGUGGCUAAACCUAUGCCCACAUUAUUGCAAGACAAGUAUCCGGUAUUUCAUGACUGUAAAUUGUAUCGCAUAAGAAGAAAAUACCAAAAUAACAGUAAAGAACUAGACUUACAUGAUUCAAAUAAUAUUAAUAUUACCGAUACUUCUAAAGAACUAGAAAAUGACUCGAGUAAAUUAGAUUUACUCAGGCCAAGUUCACCAGAGGAAAAUAAGACCUUAGAUAGCAGUAUUAAAUUAAAAAAUAAUGAAAUAAAAGAAGGUUCUGAAGAAAAUAUGGACACAAUUUCGAAUAACUCAAAUAUAGAAGCUUCAAGUAAAUUUAGAAACUCUAAUAAAAGUUGCUGUGACGAUGAAAUAAAACAUAAAAAUGAUAGACGUAAAAAAUACAAAAAUAUUAAAAUUUUAGACAGCUCAGACAGUGAUAAAGAUUCAAUGAAGGAACAAAAAAAUUCUUCAGGCACUGAUUUAAGUAAGACUGACAAUGUCUCUAAUGAAAGUAAUUAUGAUGAAUCUGGAAACAAUUUAAGAGCACAAAGUGACUUAAUUCCUAGUCUCAAUGACAAGGAGAAUGAUAAAGGUAAUGUUCCAAUGGAUACUGAAGACUCCACAAAGGGAUCAGAUUUAGGCAAAAGUAAAUUAAAUGAUGAUCUGUCAGAUAAAACUAAGGAGCAAGAUAAAUCAAUCACAGAAUUAAGUGGUCCUGACAUUAUAAUGCAGGAUAUCAUUGAAUCCUCGAUUAUGCUACGUUAUGCCGAUGAUUCUGAUAAAGACUACAAAAAAACUAAUCAAUCAAUAUGUGCUGAAGAAACAAGACAAAAGGAUAAUUCUGAUGAUAACAUUAGUGUUCCUACUCCUGUAGAUACAGCAAAUAUAGAUGAACAUUCCAAUCAAAGUAAUGAAGAAGGUAACAGUAGAACAUCUUUUACUGUUACCAAACCUACUCUAGAGAGUGAAAAUAGUCAGGGUUCACUUUCAGAUUCAAAACCUUUCAUAAAAUGUGUUAAUAUAAAUAAAUUAUUAAGAGAAGAUAAAAUACCAAAGAUAAACGAAUCACUAAUUGAAAUAAUUGAUAGUGAUAGUGAUAAAGAGAAAAAAUCAGACAUCAAGAGGAAAAGACAGAGUGAAAAAGAUAAAUUUGACAAAAAUAAGCCAAGAUCUAUAAAAAAAGUCAACAGAGAAUCUGUUGGUUCUAGAAAGGAUAUAAAUAAAAAAGAUGAUGAGGAAUACUGGAAACAAAAAAGGAAAGAAGUUGAAGCAUUUCAAACUAAAAGCUUUGUUGUUAAUGUUACAAAGUUACCUAAGUUAACAUCUGAUUAUUUAAUUUUUAAUGAGUUAAAAAGAAUAACUCAAAAUGGAUUAGUUGUGUGCGAAAUUCCAAUGGAAGGAGAAAAUGAUAAACAGUCUAGCCUUAAUCCUAAUCAAGCAAAAGAAACAGCUAAUCUCAGAGCUUCAACUGAUAUAAAUGUCAUUAAAAAUACCCUAUUGCAUGAAUCUGAUUCAGAUCAUGAUAAAAGAUUAAAGAAUACCCUCCUUAAUGAUUCAGACUCUGACAAGAGUACCAAAGAUGAUAAACAGACAACCAGUAAUACAGACUCCCAAAAAGCAAAAAUGGCAACAAGGAAACAACAUAGAAGUAAAACAUCGCAAUUAACAAGUGAUUUAAGCUACAAGAAGGAGGACAGUGAUGAUAUCAAAUCCUCACUACUUCAUGACUCAACAGAUGAUUCAACCCCAACCAAGAAAAGGAAAAUACAAAGCAACGAUGCAUCUUCACCACCAUCUAAAAGAAAACAUAUUAUGGAAAGUAUGUAUGCAAAAAAAAUGUUACUAACAUAUUCAUCAAGUUCCGAUACUGAAGAUGAGAAUUUACGUAAUGUAUUAAAAGAGAUAAGAGAUACAUUGCUCAAAGGAAACUCUAGCGAUGAAGAGAAGACUAAUGAAAAGGAUACACCAUUGAAGAAUUCUUCAGUGCGUGUGCAGUGUGACCUUGAGCAGGAGAAGUCACAGGAUACUUCAGAAAUUGAUUCAUCUGCAAAAGAUACAAAUAGCCAAAUUGAUGAAUAUUCUGAAGAAAAGUCUAAUACAUGUUCUGAAAAGAUGGGCCGCUCUAAAGGUAAUUCAAGUGAUAGCAGCAGCCAAAAUUCAGAUACUCAAGAAUCAAUUGAAAAAGACAUUGAUGGACUUACAAAUUUAAAAUCGUUAAACAAGAAGCACCGGCGGCGGCGCUCAUCUUCUACCGACCGCACUGAGAGUUCUAACUCGAAGACGAAGGAAAACAUGCCUAAAGUACCGCGUUUUAGCGAAGAGGGAUUCCUAAAAGCAGAGACUAGUUCGGACGCAGCUUCUUUGGCGGAUAGCGAUGUUGGCGAAGAGGUAGAAAUAGCAGCAGUACCGCUCUCUAGUCUGAACGGCGACGGCCUCGACCACCUCGCUAAGGAUGACUUAUUAGACGAGAGCGACUCUUCCAGCUCACAGCAAAAGAGUUCCCAGGAUAAUAAAAAAGAAAACGAAUCGGAGGAUGAAGAUGUGAAACUAAAGCGUCGCAAAGCGAACGCGAUAUCGUCGGACUCCGAGGCGGGCGCGUCGCGCAGGAAGGAGCGCGACGCGCGCCUCAGCGACUUCGACGACUCGGACGACGACACCUCGGAGACCGCCAAGAAGCCCAAGCGGAAGAAGAGAGGCUCCGACAGCGACGCCUCGGCGGGCUCCUCCGUCGACGGCAGUAAAAAGAAGCGACGACGGAUAAAAAAUAUAGAUGACAGCGAAGGGUCGGGAUCGGAAAGUGAAACUGAGGGCAGAAAUAAGCAUGGCAGGAAGAACAUCCGAAAGGUUAUGAGUAAAAAUCAACUGGAAGAGGCAACUAAAAAGGCGGCUCGCGAAGAAAAGGAAAGGAUUGCUCGAAUAGCUGAAAGACAAAAAUUGUACAAUAACUUGGAAUUCGAUGAAUCUGGCAAACCAGAUGAAGUGGUACUAGAUAAAGUAGUCCUAGAUUUUGAUCCAGAGACCAAGGAGCCUUUGAUAGAGGUUGACAAAGGAUUGGUUAAGAAAUUAAAACCACAUCAGGCGAAUGGCAUAAAAUUCAUGUGGAAUGCGUGCUUUGAGAGUGUGAAGCGAAUCAAGAAAGAUAAGGGAUCUGGCUGUAUAUUGGCGCACUGCAUGGGUCUCGGGAAGACAUUACAGGUGGUAUCGCUAACACACACCCUGCUGACUCACAGCUCGCUGACGGGUGUAAACCGCGUGUUGGUGGUGUGUCCGCUGUCUACUGUACUUAAUUGGGUUAACGAAUUCCGCAUCUGGCUCAAGCAUGCCGUGACAGAUUAUGAAGUGGAUGUUUAUGAGCUCUCUAGGUACAAGCAGAACUCGGAGCGCGCGUGGCAGCUGCAGCAGUGGGUGGGCGGCGGCGGCGUAUGCGUGCUGGGCUACGAGAUGUUCCGCAACCUGUCCGCCGACAACGUCAAGAAGUUCAAGAAGAAGAUGCUACGCAGCUUCCAGGAGGCCCUCGUCGACCCCGGUCCCGACCUGGUGGUGUGCGACGAGGGCCACUUGCUGAAAAACGAGAAGACGAGCCUCUCGCAGGCCAUGAACCGCGUGAAGACGUUGCGACGCAUCGUGCUAACGGGCACGCCACUGCAGAACAACCUUAAGGAGUAUUACUGCAUGGUGCAGUUCGUCAAGCCGAACCUACUAGGAAAGUACAAUGAGUACUUGAAUCGAUUCGUAAACCCCAUCACCAACGGCCAAUAUACUGACUCCACAGAGCAUGAUAUCAGGAUUAUGAAGAGACGGUCCCAUGUGUUGCAUAAAAUGCUCGAUGGUGCUGUGCAGAGGAGAGACUACGGGGUGCUGGCGCCCUUUUUGCCUCCGAAGCACGAGUACGUUCUCUUCAUCACCCUAACUGAAGUGCAAAUUAAAUUAUAUCAACACUAUUUGGAUAACUAUUCAAGAAGACCAUUACCAGGAAAAUCAUCAGGAUUCCUGUUUCCAGACUUUCAGUCCCUACAGAGGAUAUGGACACAUCCGCUUGUGCUUAAAUAUAAUUCAGAGAGAUAUGAAAUUAUGCAGCAAAAGAAGAGAGAGAGGGAAGAAGAAGAUUCCGAGGGAUCUUUGGCAGAUUUUAUAGACGAUGACUCAACACCUGACGAAUCCUCAUCAGAAGAAUCUUCAGAUAGUUUAUCGGAUAUGAGCGACGACAGUAGAAAAAAGAAUAAAAAGAAGAAAUCUGCCAAAAAGAGUAAAGGAAAGGACAGUAAAAUAACAACGCGGCGAGGCACGAGAGCAAAUCCAAUAGAGCUGGACGACGAGGAGGCGGGCGCGGAGGAGGAGCCGCAGGCGCGCGCCGAGAACCCCACCGAGUGGUGGAUGGCGCUCGUCAGCGACGACGAGCUGGACGACCUGCGCCACUCGCACAAGCUCGUGCUGCUGUUCGACAUCCUGCGCCAGUGCGAGGCCAUCGGCGACAAGCUAUUGGUGUUCUCACAAUCACUGUAUUCAUUAGACCUUAUAGAACAUUUCUUGGGUAAGGUAGACGAAGCUACACAGGAAGCACGCGUUGAUGAGAAAUUAAAUGGACAUGUUGGAUCGUGGUCACCUGGCGUAGAUUACUUUAGAUUGGAUGGUUCCACCUCUUGUGAAAAUCGAUCGAUUUGGUGUAAAAAUUUCAACAGAGAAGAUAAUCCUAGAGCCAGAUUGUUCCUAAUAUCAACUCGAGCGGGAGGUCUCGGUAUCAAUCUCGUGGCAGCGAAUCGUGUUGUGAUAUUCGACGUGUCGUGGAACCCUUCACAUGACGUGCAGAGUAUAUUCAGAGUGUAUCGUUUCGGGCAGAAGAAACCAUGUUAUAUUUAUCGAUUUUUGGCAAUGGGUACAAUGGAAGAAAAAAUAUAUGAACGGCAAGUCACAAAGCAAGCAAUAUCUAAACGCGUGAUAGACGAGCAACAAAUUGAUAGGCAUUACGCGGAAAACGACCUCGCUGAACUUUACAAGUUUGAACCGAAGCCACCAGUGCCGCGUGAACUUCCUCCACUCCCUAAGGAUAGAUUGUUCGCAGAAAUGUUGAAAGAACACGAGGCUCAGAUCUACAAGUACCACGAGCACGAUUCGCUGCUGGAGAACAAAGAGGAGGAAACCCUGACGGAGGAGGAGCGCAAGGCGGCGUGGGAGGACUUCGAAAACGAGAAGACGCGCCCGCCGCCCGCGCCCUUCUCUGCCUACGCCUUGCACAACGGCAUGGUACCCGGUCUGCUUGCGCAACAACAACAGCAGUUGGCUUAUGCAGCCCUGGCGGCCAUGCUGCGUAAGGACAUGCCUAACAUAAACGACAACCAGAUCCGAGACAUGCUGCCGUUGAUAUACAACGCCAACCCUGGGAUGUUCGGUGGAUAUGACUAUGGCUUGAUGCAGAAAAUGAGUGAAAUAUACAAGUACACCCAACCUGGGAUGAUGAAUCCUGGAAUGAUGAACGCGGUUAUGAAUCCAGCUGGUGGUGUAAGCGGAGGCAUGUCACUGGGCGGCAGCAGCGGGCUGCAGUACGAGCCGCCGUGGCAGCGUCAGCAGCAGCAACUCCGCAUGCAGCAGAUGUUACAACACCAGAAUAUGGGUGCGAAGUACUACGCCGGUGGGCUCGGUAGCCGCGACCCUGUGGCGAUGGCCCUGCAGCAACAGCGCGCCCGGGAGAUGAUGCUCGGCGAGAGGUCGCGUCCUCGCGGCCGCCCGCCCGGCAGCACGCGCGUCGAGCCUCCUGCCGCGCUCGCCGCGCCCGCGGACGUCGUCAACCUUGACUCAGACUAGACUAGAUUCCUGGUGUAUAAUUAAACAAGUGUGUACAGUGAAUGUUAAGGUGCUAUGUUUUUGAGCAAGGUAGGCUGAACAUAAAUGUGGUGUAAAAUGGCUGGACCAGCUCUAUAAUCAUCGGCACACGAGAAAUAUUUAAUCAUUUUAUGAGUGAUUUAAACUCCAUAUAUUAAUGUAAUUUAUAUCUUCAGGCUUACGUUUCAUCACCACAUAUCAUGAAUCUCAUACUUAAUUUUACAUUUAUAACAUUACCAGGAUACUAAAAUGCGUACAAAUAGUUUCUUUCGUGAGGUGAUUGCAUUUACAUAUCAAAAGAAUCUCCUAAACAGUACAGCCUAAGGUGAGACCUAAUUUUAUCGCACAAGGGUCAAAUUUUAAUGUUAGUAUGAGUAUUAUAUUAUGCAAGUGCUCAGUGACAUUUUAUGAGUAUAUUCAGUGCUAAUAGAUAGACCUGCAUAAAUAAUGAGAGUAAUUAAUAAAAUCUACUAUAGACAGAUCUUGAUGUAAACAACAUUGUAUUUCAUAUAAAACUAUUUUCAAAUAAUAGAUGUAAAUAUUGUAUAAGAUAUAUUCAUACACUUGAUUUUUACUUGAAAAUGGUUUAUGUAAAGCAAAAAUUAUAGCUCAUGAUUUAUGUGUGCAUUAUUAACAUAAAUAUGAAAAUUUUAAGCAUUGUCUCAUUGGUGAUUUCAUGGAAUGUUUUCAUCAAAGAUCCAUGGGAGGCUUUAGUAUGUCGGCUUGACAAUUUUAACUAUAUCUCUCAGUACAGGAAAUUAGAGGUAAGUUAUGAUAUGUCAGUAAUUAGUUACUUCUGUGUUUACCAUCUUAAUGUUGCAGAGAUACUAUCGUAUAAAUAUAAUGUGUAUGAACAUAGUAGAACACUCUAGAACUGAGUCUCUGAAGACAAGUAAUGUAGUUAUAAUAAUAAAAUCCUAUCCGUUCACACUUAAAAUGUAUCUAUUUACCAUUUUCAGGAUUAACAAAUAGUGUUUAUUUUGCUCUCUCUAUAUAUAUUUUACCUGAAUAUUUCUGUAUAUUUGAUUACAUGUUUGUAUUUUUUUAUAACAAAAUUUGAUCAUAUUGUAAUUUUUAUAAACUUAAUCAAAGUUAUAAUAAUAUAUCAUUCCAAAAUUUUAUGUUUAGUACAUUGAUGUUAUUACCAAUUUUUUUUUAAUUGUCCUUUCCCCAAUUUGUAAUGGUUGUUGUACUUUACCAUGAAUUAAUUUUCUGAUAUCCUAAGCAUGUACUUUAUUUAUUAGCCUGACUAACAGGUGUUUUAGUUGUGAUAUUGCCUAAUCUUAAAUUUUUGUAUACGUUUAUUUUAAUGCGUCACCAUUGUGACUUUAAUAUUAGAAUCAGCAAUUACUAUAGUUAUAUAUUUUAGAUUUAUAAUAUACCAGUGUAUUGGAUAAAAACUGUAAUGUUUCUUUUUUUAUUAAUAUAUUUUAUAAACAAGACAUUUUGAAUGUUGAUUUUUUACAAAUUUCUUAGAUUUUAUGCUUACUAUAUGUUAUUUAUAGUUUAACAAAAAGUAUAAUAAAUGAACAGUAUUUCAAUAGAAUAUAAGAUAAUUUUCUAUCCAAUGUAUUUAACUAUAUGAUUAAUUUUUGUUUAUUAUUAAUAGAAAGCAUGCUACAUGGACACAGAUUUGAACAUAUAUGUGAGGACUGCUAUAUGAGCAUGUAACAGUUUUCUUAUUUAUGUAAUAUAUAAUUGUAACUGUAGAAAACUUCCUAUUAUUUUGUAGUACAAUUGAAGUAUAAAUAAAUAAUUUGAAAAUGUGUAA